AUGGAUGACAUGUUGUCGCGCAGUCGACGAGAGCUGAUGUUUGUUUCCUUCGGGUUCUUCGUAGGCUAUUUGAUCGCUACGGUUUUUAAAGGUCAUAAAACGUCGGACGACUAUCGAGUGACCGACAGAAUUCGAUUGACCGACAGUUUUCGACCAUCGGACGAUCGUGUGGUUUCUGACCGUAAUCUCGACACGUCUGACCCCCAAAAUUUCAAUGUUGAACGCAAAGACGAAUUCCAUCGAGGUUAG